UGUUAUUGGCUAUCCUUUACUUUUCAAUCAAAAUUUAUAUUGAAGCCAAAUCUCAUACAUAGUUCAUGGGCGACGUGAUUUUUAUCUGAAAUAUAUUUGUGAAUAGCUCAGGUAGUUCAGUGUGUCAAGUUGAACUGAGCAGAAGCGAUCGACUUGGAUAUUAUUGAAAUUGUGAAACAAAUAAAAUUGAGCUGAUGACUUUGAAUCAAUAUAAGUAAAUUGCAUCCGAAAAAAAAACAAACAAAUUCCAUUGAGAAUAGAAAACGAAGUAAAAUGGCUUCUCCAGCGGGUAAAGUACCAGCAGCACCGAAAACCGAGUCUGUUGUUAAAAAGAGCCCAUUUGGUGCCACAUUGGUACCUGGCGGCUCAGUUAAUCGUCGCGGAUCAUUGCUUCCACCAGAAGAGCCAGCACGACGACCAAGUUUGCUAAUUAGCGAUAAAAAACCACGUCCCGGAGAAGUGCUCGAAGAUAAAAAGGGGCGUAAAGCAUCAAUCAGCGUAAAGGAUCUUGAUAUUAAUCAAAAAUCAACACCACUGCGUGACCUUGGCGAUGUAGGGCCACCGCAAAUCGUUGAUAUGUAUGAAAGUUAUUCAGCUGUUGAAGAUGAAACUGGAUAUAUCAGUGUUCAAGUUAAAGGUACACCGGCACCAACAUUCAAAUUCUACAAAGGUGUAGCCGAACUGUUGGAAGGUGUUCGCUAUAAAUUCGUCACCGAUGGUGAAACCAAUACAAUUACUCUUUGUAUGCGCAAAGUCAAACCACACGACGAGGGCAAAUACAAAAUUGUGAUUUCAAACUCACAUGGCAAAAUUUCGGACGAAACGCAAAUGUAUGUGUCAAAAGCAGGUUGUGUGGACUUCCGUGCGUUGUUGAGAAAGAGCAAGUACGCCAAAUGGGGACGGGAUAAGGGUGAUCCAAAUUGGGGAGAUUUGAAAGGAGUUGAAAAGCAACAAGAUCAAUUUUUGAGUCCGCUACAGGAUAAAAAGGCGAAAGAAGGAAAAGACAAGAAGGUUGAGUUUGAGGCCAAGUUCUCGAAACAAAAUGCGAGACCAAAAUGGUUCUGUCGUAAAAACGAACUGUUCAUGGGCGUGAAAUACAAAUUCAGAAAUGACGGUGAUACAUAUCAAUUGGCUAUUUUGAAUCCAAAAUUGGAAGAUUCAGCAAAAUAUACAAUAGACAUUGGUGGCGUAACAUCAUCGGCGACAUUGACUGUCGAACCGCCAGAUCCAUCGUAUAAAUUCAUCAAACCAUUAAAUAAGAAGUACGAUGGUUUUACUAAACACGAAUUGAUCUUGGAAUGUACAGUUAGCGAUCCAAUUGCCAUUGUUUCAUGGUAUAAAGGUGAUAAGAAAUUGUCCAGCGACGAUAAGUAUUUUAUCGACAAAGAUUUGGCCGGUGUUUGCACAUUGAAAAUCAAAAGUUGCGAUUUGAAUGACACUGGAGAUUUUAGAUGCCAACUUGAACGUCAGCCCGAUAAAACUGAUACUAAAGUUAAAGUGGUUGAAUAUCCGUACAAGUUCGUUAAAUUACUCAGGUCACAGCAGAACGUUGAAAAGGACACUGUUACAUUGGCGUGUGAGUUGGAUGAUCCUCUUGGUGAAGUGAAAUGGUUAAAAGAUGGUAAAGAGAUCAAACCGGACACAAAAGGCGUUCAAAUCGUUAAAGAUGGUCGCAAACGCAAACUUAUUAUCAAAGACGCAAAAGUAGCGGAUGCUGGUCAAUACUCUUGCGUUAGUAACGCUGAUAAGACAGAAGCCGAGCUUGUGGUCAACAAACAAAAUAAAUUUAACAAACCACUCAAGGAUACUGUGGCAGUUGAACGCGAAAAAUGUGUGCUAGAAGUCGAUUUAGAGGAUCCAACUGCGCCAGUAGAAUGGAAACUCAAUGGCAAGCCUAUUAAGCCAAGCGAUCGUGUCGAAAUCAAGAAUUUGGGCGGUGGCAAACAUCAAUUGGUUUUCAAUAACUUGAAAAUGGCUGAUGCCGGCGAAAUUUCAGCUGUAUCAGGAAAAUUGAGCUCAUCAUGUAAAUUGACUGUUGAAAAAGGUGAAAGUAAACCAAAAAUUAAUGCACCAAAUGAAUUCGAAGGACCAAUCAAUGCACCAAUUGUUCUUGAGGUGCCAUUCAAAAUUGACGGCAAAAAACAAACACCUAUCGAAGGUGUGUUGCUUAAAGAUGGAAAACCAUUGCCAUCAAAAGAUGUUGAGGUACAAGUUAAAGAUGAUAAAGUCAUUUUUAAGAUCAAGAAACCCACACGCGAUCAAUCGGGUGCAUAUCAAAUCAAAUUGUCGAACGGUCAAGGUGAGGAUGUGAAAGAUGUGAAAAUCACAAUGCAGGACGUUCCAAAUGCACCACAAGAUGUAAAUGUUCGUGACGUUUUUGAAAAAUCAUGCAUUAUUGACUGGAAACCGCCAAAGGACAAUGGUGGCACUCCACUUCAAAAGUACAUCAUUGAACGACAAGAUAUUUCGAAGAAGGGCUGGGAAAGUGUUGGUGAAGUGCCAUCCGAUAAACCAACCACAUUUAAAGUCGAUGACCUUACACCAAAGAAAACAUACAAAUUCCGUAUUCGUGCUGUUAACAAAGUCGGUCCAAGUGAACCGGCUGAAUUUAAGAAUAGUGUCCUAGCCAAAAAUCCAUGGGAUGAACCAGGCAAACCAAAGAGUGUUGAGGUUACUGAUUGGGAUAAAGAUCAUGCUGACCUCAAAUGGGCUAAACCAGAUAAUGAUGGCGGUGCUGAAAUUAGUGAGUAUGAAAUUGAAGUGAAAGAUAAACUCAGCAAAGAUUGGGUUAAAAAGAAGCGUGUACCAGCUUCAAAAACCUCAACAACUGUUGAUGAUCUAAAAGAAGGUCAACAAUAUGAGUUCCGUGUGCGAGCCGUUAACAAAGCUGGCCCUGGUGAACCCAGUGAUGCAACCAAACCAAUUGUUGCCAAGUGCCGUUUCGUUAAACCAUUCAUUACUGGUGAUCAAUUGAAAACAAUCAUCAUUAAAAAGGGUCAACAAUUUAAAUACGACAUUCGUUAUGGUGGUGAACCCGAACCAGAAGUAAAAUGGGAAAAAGAUGGCAAGGUGCUUGCGUCUGAUGGUGAUCGUUUUAAGAUCGAAAAACCAGGUCAAAAAACUAUUUUGACUGUUAACAAAUGUGUUCGUAGUGAUUCUGGUAAAUACAAGCUCAUUUUGACAAAUAGCAGUGGAACGAUUGAUUCGGUUGGUGAGGUUGUUGUACUCGACAAGCCAUCUCCACCAAAAGGACCACUGGUGCCAGAAGAAAUUCGUGCCAAACAUAUCAAAGUCAAGUGGCAAAAACCAGAAGAUAACGGUGGUACCGAACUUACUGGAUAUGUUUUGGAGAAAAUGGACAUGGAUAAUGGAAAAUGGGUUCCAGCUGGUGAAUGCGGACCGAAUGACGAAACAUUCACAUUCAAAGAUCUUACGCCAAAGAAGAAAUAUAAGUUACGUGUUCGUGCUAAAAACAAGGAAGGCCUAUCAGACCCAUUGGAAACAACUGAAGCCAUCCUCGCCAAGAAUCCAUAUGACGAACCAGGAAAACCAAAGAAUGUUGAGGUUACUGAUUGGGAUAAAGAUCAUGCUGACCUCAAAUGGACUAAACCAGAAAAUGAUGGUGGGGCUGAAAUUACUGAGUACGAAAUUGAAAUCAAAGAUAAACUCAGCAAAGACUGGGUUAAAAAGAAGCGAGUACCAGCUUCUGAGGCAUCGACAACUGUUGAUGGUCUAAAAGAAGGUCAACAAUAUGAGUUCCGUGUGCGAGCCAUUAACAAAGCUGGCCCUGGUGAACCCAGUGAUGCAACCAAACCAAUUGUUGCUAAAUGCCGUUUUGUUAAACCAUUCAUUACUGGUGAUCAAUUGAAAACAAUCAUCAUUAAAAAGGGCCAACAAUUCAAGUACGACAUUCGUUAUGGUGGUGAACCCGAACCAGAAGUCAAAUGGGAAAAAGACGGAAAGGUACUCGCAUCCGACAACGAUCGUAUUAAAAUCGAAAAACCAGGACAAAAAACUAUUUUGACUGUUAGCAAAUGUGUUCGUAGUGAUUCUGGUAAAUACAAGCUCGUUUUGACAAACAGCAGUGGAACAGUUGAAUCAGUGGGCGAGGUUAUUGUACUCGACAAGCCAUCUCCACCAAAAGGACCACUUGUGCCCGAAGAAGUUCGUGCUAAACAUAUCAAAGUCAAGUGGCAAAAACCAGAAGAUGACGGUGGCUGCGAACUUACUGGAUAUGUUUUGGAGAAAAUGGACAUGGAUAAUGGAAAAUGGGUUCCAGCUGGUGAAUGCGGACCGAAUGACGAAACAUUCACAUUCAAAGGUCUUACACCAAAGAAGAAAUAUAAGUUACGUGUUCGUGCUAAAAACAAGGAAGGCCUAUCAGACCCAUUGGAAACAACUGACGCCAUCCUUGCUAAGAAUCCAUUUGAUGAACCAAGCAAACCUGGUAAACCUGAGGUCGUAGAUUAUGACAAUCUCAGUGCUACAUUAAAAUGGACCAAACCGGAAAAAGAUGGCGGUAGACCAAUUACUCAUUACACUAUUGAAAUGAAGAGCAAAACUGGUGAUUGGGUUGAAGUCUUGAAAACAGUAGACGAUAAAUGUACCGCUGUUGUUGAUGGACUUAAGGAAGGUAUGAAAUAUCAAUUCCGGGUGAAAGCGCACAAUGAAGGUGGCCCAUCAGAAGCAUCUGAAGCAUGCCGUGAACAUACCUGCAAAUAUAAGGACUUGAAACCACUCAUCGAUCGAAAUACAUUCAAGUCAGUUACAAUCAAGGCUGGUCGCACACACAAUUGGUCUGUCAAUGUUUCUGGUGAACCUGUACCAGAAAUGUUUUGGAGUUGGCAAGAUAAUGAUCCAGACGAUGAUACAGAAUAUAUCAUCGAAGAUAAGGAUUAUCACACCGAUUUCACGAUUACCAACGUUCAACGUAGCGAUAUGGGAAAAUAUACACUUAAAGCCACCAAUCGCAGUGGAAGUGACGAGGAAACUGUCGAGUUAAUUGUGUUGGCACCGCCAACAACUCCAAAUGGACCGUUAGAAGCGACCAAUAUUUUUAAUAAGGGAUGUCAACUCAAGUGGAAGAAACCGGACGACGACGGUGGUGCUCCGAUUAGACAAUACAAAAUUGAAAAAUUGGAUACUAAAUGCCCGAUACCCGACAAAUGGUUGCCUGUUGGUAAAGUUUCUGUCGGUGGAAGUGCAAAGGAUGUUUUAGAAUUUAACGUCACCGGCUUAAACCCAGGUUUUGAAUACAAAUUCCGCGUAACGGCUGUCAAUGAUGAAGGAGAAUCCAAGCCAUUGCUCACUGAUCUUCCAAUUAAGACGCCAGCCAAGGCAGGUGCUGAAAUAGCUGUUGCUACACAUGAAAAGAAAGAUGGUAGUUCCGUAUCAGGAGGUUCUUCCAAAACAACGACUACGACAAUGACGGAGAAAACCAAGAUAAAUGAUGGAGGAACCAUACGUACACAAACCGUUACAACUACAAGGCAUGUCACUCGUGUAAAAGGAAAGGCGGAAACCACUGAGUCGUACGAAGAGUACGAGGUGGAGUCGUAAGAUAAUCAAUCCAGUUUUCACAAAGCCGCUAGUCAAUGUACCCAUAUGAUCAACUACUAUCAAAUUAUGUACAUUUUUGCAAAUAAUUUCGGCAUAGCUCAGUAGCAAUCGACAAAAAGUCCAAAGAACACUAGAAAAAAAACUGUGAAAUGUUUGUGCCUUCUUUAUAUAUUUUGCUUAACAAUUUUUUUUUUACUUUUGUGUGGGCAAAUUGCCAAACAGCUAAAGAAUAAAUAAAACACCUGUAAGAUAUAAA